CACGUGAUUCAGAUAGUAAAGUUCUGUUUGAGCAAUAUGGCGGCGCCCAUGUAGCGGUGUGUGUUUUGACAGCUGAGCAUGUGUUAUGGAACAGUACGGAUAAAUUCAGGCUCGCUGUGGGAUGCCUUUUGUGUUAUGAACAAGUUAUGUGUGUCCGCUUGAAGCUAACAUUGGAAUGUGUUCAUUAUAAUUCAAGGACAUCAAUCAAAGGGAAUCUGAAUUGCCGUACUGUGACGGUGCCAUGCAGACGGUGGUGAAAAGGGUGGCUCUGUGCCCGCUGGCCCUGGUCAGAGAGGGCAUAUGCAGCGGAGACCUCCUGAUGCCCACGCCCUGGUUCAGGCGGGUGGUGUGGCGAAACCUGUACAGUGAGACGGGGGAGUGGGAGAAGGACUACCGGGUGGAGACUAGGAGGAAGGUGGAGCAGUGGUGGCACCCUCGCAUCAAGGACCAAUGGAGGAGGACCAGCAAAGAGGAGAGCUCCAGGCGGAAGAAGUUUUAUGUCCUCUCCAUGUUUCCGUACCCAUCUGGUCGUCUGCACAUGGGACACGUGCGCGUCUACACCAUCAGUGACACCAUAGCUCACUUCCAGAGGAUGAGGGGGCACCAGGUGCUGAACCCUAUGGGCUGGGAUGCCUUUGGGCUGCCUGCUGAGAAUGCUGCCAUAGAGAGAGGACUGGACCCUGAGGAGUGGACCCAAAGUAAUAUCCAGUCCAUGCGAGAGCAGCUAGACAGUCUGGGUCUCUGCUUUAAUUGGGACAGGGAAGUGACCACAUGCCUGCCAGACUACUACAAGUGGACUCAGUUCCUGUUUGUCAAGAUGUUUAAAGCUGGGCUGGCCUAUCAGAAAGAGGCGGUGGUGAACUGGGACCCGGUGGAUCAAACAGUGCUGGCCGAUGAGCAGGUGGACGAGGCCGGAUGCUCGUGGAGGUCUGGGGCCCUGGUGGAGCAGAAGCUGCUCAAGCAGUGGUUCAUCAAGACCACCAACUAUGCUAAGCCCCUCCUUGAUGCCCUUGCGGAUCUCCCAGAGUGGUAUGGAGUGAAGGGCAUGCAGGCCAACUGGAUUGGUGAAUGUUCUGGCUGUUUCUUCCAGUUUCAGCUCAAGGUAGACGGAGAGGAGACAGGGGAGACUCUGGAGGCCUACACCCCCACGCCGGAGGCCGUAUUUGGGGCAGCAUACGUCUCCAUCCUCCCCUCUCACAGGCUGCUCCAUGGGUCCAGCCUCCUGAAGGCCGCACUUACCAGAGCACAGCAGCACGGGAGGGAUUGCCUAACCGAGGUCACAGCUCGGAAUGUUGUCACAGGCCAAGAAGUUCCUGUGGUCAUAUCAGCCCAAGCAGAGUUCCAGGGACACCUGGAUACAGUGAUUGGUAUUCCAGACAUGAGUGAAGACGAUGCCUCCGUGGCGAAUGCGUUGUCUCUGCAGUGUCCCACGGUGCUCAAGACUCAGGAGGACGGCCCCCAAACACUCCUCAACUCCGCAGAGUUCACAGGCCUCAGCAGAGAAGAGGCCUUUGACUCCAUUACCCAGAAAGCCAGGGAGAUGAAUGCAGGUGGUCACCUGACCAGCUCCAAGCUCCGUGAUUGGCUGAUCUCGCGGCAGCGUUACUGGGGCACGCCCAUUCCCAUCGUCCACUGUGGCUCGUGCGGUCCAGUCGCCGUGCCAGAGGAGGAGCUUCCGGUCACUCUGCCCAAAGCCCUCGCCCUCACCGGAAAAGGGGCGUCGCCCCUGCAGUCUGCCCACGAGUGGAUCCACUGCACCUGCCCCAGGUGUAAGGGUCCAGCGCAGAGAGAGACUGAUACUAUGGACACGUUUGUUGACUCCUCCUGGUACUACUUCAGAUACACAGACCCUCACAACCGGAUCAGACCAUUUGAGCGUUCUCUGGCUGACCAUUGGCUGCCAGUGGACGUGUACAUCGGAGGGAAGGAACAUGCUGUCAUGCACCUCUACUAUGCCAGAUUCCUCAGUCACUUCUGCAGGGACCAGGGCCUAGUGUCACACAGGGAGCCCUUCAGAAAGCUCCUAGUGCAGGGUCUGAUUAAAGGCCAGACCUUCCGUUCUGCUGUCAGCGGCCAGUACCUGAAGAGAGAGGAGAUCGACUUCAGUGGUGCUGAUCCGGUGCAGGCCGGUUCUGGUGGCGCGGUCCAGGUGACCUGGGAGAAGAUGAGCAAGUCCAAGCACAACGGGCUGGACCCGCAGGAGGUGGUGGAGCAGUACGGCAUCGACACCGUGCGCCUCUUCAUCCUGUACGCCGGCCCGCCCGAGCAGGACAUCCUCUGGGACGCCAGGACCGAUGCCCUCCCUGGCGUGUUGCGCUGGCAGUCUCGUCUCUGGGCACUGGUCACUAAGCUCCGUGAGGCGCGGCAGAGCAGCAUGACCCCUGACCCCUCCGCCCUCAGUAAGCGGGACCGGGCCGAGGCCCACAAGAUCUGGGAGAGCAAGAACUACACCAUCCAGAAAGUCACAUAUUACUUGACAGAGGACUUCCUGCUGAAUGCUGCCAUCUCUCGCCUCAUGGGCCUGAGCAACACACUUUCUCAAGCGAGUGCUGGUGUGAUUCUUCACAGCGUGGAGUUUGAGGAGGCGCUGGCUGCUCUGUGUGUGAUGGCCGCACCUAUGGCCCCGCACCUGGCUUCAGAACUCUGGACAGGUCUGUGUGGGGUAAGCAAUCCCCAGUGUCGGCUGCUGAGUGAGGAGGGGUGUGUGCUUCAGCAGGCGUGGCCCACUGUGGACCCCGAGUACCUGGAGGCUCCUGAUACACUGGACAUGGUAGUGAGGGUCAAUAACAAGGCAUGUGGGAGUGUGUCUGUGCCUCGUGAGGUGGCCCAGGACGCCCAGCAGGUGCGGGCGCUGGUCCUGGCCAGCCCCCUGGGUCUCCGUCUCCUUGGCGACCGCAUCAUCAAGAAGGCCAUCCUCUCUCCCAGGACAGCGCUCAUUAACUUCUUGGUGGAGGAGUGAGGCCGGGCUUAACGCAGAUGCCUUGAUUGGCUGGUUAUGCUGUCACUCAAGUGGACUCUGAAUCUGGGAGCUGGGCUUUCGCUGUCCUCUCUUCUCCACUCGGGACAUUGAGAAGGGGGAUCUACUGAACACUCUUGUCUUUUUUCGUUACAUUUUUACUCUGUGUGUUUUCAUGUAUCAUUGCUCAGUACUCUGAUGGCCUGCAGUUCCUAAAGCAGACAGCGAGGUGGCGGGGGCCUCCGUCGGUUGGUCAUGACAUUAAAAUUGCUGAUGUCUAAAGUGA